AUGCCUACGGCGCUAUCGACACCUUCUUCCAACCUCCCGCCGCUUUCAAAACUUCUCACAUUCACCGCCGUAUACAUCUCCGGUGCACUCGACAGUCUGCGCCAAUUAUACUGGCCUCCCCACUCUUUUACAACCAAGUUCGCAGUGCCCACCCGCAAACAUUUGCAGACAAUCCAUGACGACUCGGUCCCUGAUUCUGGUUAUGCAUCCGCAGAGGAAGAGAGUAUCGAGGACGAAGAAGAACAGUUGAUGGAGCAUGGGUCAGAGGACGAAGAGGCAGUGGAAAUAUUACGUGCUGAUCCAUUCGAACGCACGUUUGCGAUCAAAUGGGUCACUGCUUUCAUCGCUCGUUCGGAUGCUUGGGUAAUAGAGAGCGGGGAGGACGUGGACGAAUACGAGACAAGAGCCAACGUGGUCGAAAAGGCCAUUUCUAUUCUCUCCGCUUUCAACGGCCACGACGAUGAGGAGCAAGCCGCACAAUGCGCUCUCACUCGUUCAUUCUCUUUUCCAAGUCGGGGUGGUCAUCCGGAUAUCCUUGUCAAGUUGAACGAUGCCCCGCUAUCGGAUGUAGACCAUACAUCCGUCGGUUUACAGAGCUGGGCCAGCUCUAUCGUGCUUGCCGAAAGGAUGUCCGCCGUUCCUUCCGUGUUCAUGUUGGAGCGAAGGCCUUCGGCCAGAGUUUUGGAACUUGGUGCAGGGACCGGCCUUCUCAGUAUUACUGCUGCUAAAAUUCUAGAACGGCAGCAGCGUUCUUCGACACAACCCGUCCCCAUAUUUCACCCAGUUGUAGCUACGGACUAUCAUCCGGCCGUACUAUCCAACCUCGCUGUCAACAUUUCGACCAACUUUUCUCGUUCCUCUCCCUCAUCCAGCGAGCCUGGACCUAACCCCGUUUCGGUUCUUCGUCUCGAUUGGGAAUCUCCCGAUUAUUCAUCAUUUGAAGGACAACGAUUCGACGUGAUCCUUGCAGCUGAUGUUAUCUACCAUCCUCACCACUCUCGGUGGAUCAAAGCGUGCGUUGAGCGGCUUUUAACGCGACCUUCAUCUGAAAGUGACUACCAGGGUGGUUACUUCUGGUUGAUCAUGCCACUGCGCACGACAGGUAGACACGAGAACCUGGAUCAUACGGUUGAGGAGACGUUUCCUGACGCGUCCGUUGUCAGCUCUGGUGACAUCCCGGAGCUUGCUGUCCUCGAAAGGGAGAGCUUUGUUAAACAAGGAGGUGUGGGUCGGGCUGAUGAGAGUGGUUACAAAUUGUUCAAAAUUGGAUGGGUGGGAUCGUGGUAG